AUGUCCGACCUACCAACCUUCAAGCCCGCAUUGAUCCUGCACGGCGGCGCAGGCAACAUCCAACGCUCCAAAAUCCCACCAGAUCUCUACGCCAGCUACCACGCCUCGCUACAAUCCUUCCUGCGCUCGACCUACGCGCUUCUCAAUGAAGGCGCCAGCGCCCUCGACGCGGCAGUGCAUUGUGUCUCGCUACUGGAAGAUGACGAGCUGUUCAAUUCCGGUCGCGGCAGCGUGUUCACCAAAGCGGGAACCAUCGAAAUGGAAGCUUCGGUGAUGGUCACGUCGCUCCGCGACGACCCUAAUCAGGAGGGCCAGGGCGCAAUCAAGCGCGGCGCAGGCGUGAUGGGGAUCAGGAAUGUCCGCAAUCCUAUCCGUCUCGCUCGCGAAUCUCUUUUACGUUCUGGCGUCACUGCAGACGGCGAGCCCUCCAACGAUGGAGGGUGUCUGCACUCCCAGCUCGUCGGGCCACAUGUCGAGAAGAUGGCUAGCGAAUGGGGGCUCAAAUUUGAGCCGGACGAGUACUUUCGGACGCAGCGCCGCUGGGACGAGCACCGGCGCGGCCUGAAGGGUGAGGAAGAUCCCAUCUUUAUGAGCCAGGGUACUGUGGGCUGUGUCUGCUUGGACCAGUGGGGCAAUCUGGCGGUUGCAACUAGCACGGGUGGAAUGACCAACAAGCUUCCCGGCCGGAUUGGCGAUACGCCUACGCUGGGCACGGGGUUCUGGGCUGAGUCCUGGGAGGAAGCAUCCAGCGGUACCGCUGGGAGUGGUGAUUCCAACGCCGGUGCCUUUUCGGUCAACGACCUGGUCCAGGAGGCACGGUCCUGCAUGACGGAUUGUUUUCCCGGUUGCAUGAGGGAUUCGCCUUCUCCGUCCCUGCCCGUUCGAGAGCAUUCCGCAUCUGAAAAGGCGCCGCUACUGUAUCAAGGAGCCGCAUCUCAACAUCGAACUAAGAAGCGAGCCAUUGCCGUCUCCGGAACUGGAAACGGUGACUCGUUCCUUCGCGUUGCAGCCUCCCGCACCGCUGCCGCCAUGCUACGAUUCGGCUCGUCUGACAAGUCCCUUGCUGACGCAGUCACCGCCGUUGCCGGGCCAGGCGGCGACCUGCAACGCUCCGCUGGACCGCGUUGGAAGAAGACAGGUGAAGGCGAGGGCGGUAUGAUUGGCAUCGAAGCUGACACGGGACCCGCUGCUGCUGAUAAAAAGCUUCGCCGUGGCAAGGUUGUCUUCGAUUUCAACAGCGGGGGCAUGUGGCGUGCUUGGGUUGAAGAGGAUGAGAAUGGGAAUGAUGUCGAGAGGGUUAUGGUUUUCAGGGGGGAAUAUAAAUAA